AUGGCCGCGAAUAUUAAACCGGUAGGUUUUUUUAGCUUUUGUUGUUUACCAGCCGUUGUGGGAAGAGGGGUUUUGAAUGGGGUCGUAAAUUUUAAGUUAGAUCAGGGUUUUCACCAAUUUUUCGCAAAAUCUUAGGUUAAGCCAGCUUUGACGUCCAUUUUUAGAGACGGUAUUCAAUGAAUUUCCAUUAUUACAGUAACUAAGCUUAAAACUGACUUAAUUAGGUAUCCCACUAUCGUAAAAGCGUAGCUCAAAACUACCAACCUUAAAAACGAUAAUUUAAAAUUUGCAAAAAAAAACUCUUUAGGUUGUAAGUUGUGUUCCCGAAAGAAUAAUGGUAAACUUGCCAUACAGCGAGGACGUCGAGAUCCCGUUCAAGUUGAACACCCAACCUGACCGGAAGGUCGAUAUCUUUGUGAGCACGAGCCAGAAGAAAAUGUGCUUAAUGAAAAGAAACAAAAGAAAGAUCAAUGUGACAUACUACACAUUGAAGAUCAAAUCGUAUGGACAAGAGGUCAGCCAACUUUUAAUGGAUUUGGAAAUUUUCUUGAUUGUGAAAUACCAAUGCGUUUCAAACGGAAACCACGAAAAAAUUCUCAUACCCAUCGUCUUCAGCAUGAAUGGUAGGUGUACAUAAUCAUAAACAUAAUAAGUUAUAUGGUAUUUGACCUAAAAAAGUUAAAAUAGUUUGUUCUGAAGACAUUUUUUCCAAAAAUUUACGGUUUUUCGAAAAAUUCAUAAAAAUUUUAAUUAUCUUUGUAAAUUCUAUUACUUUUUAGAACCGGUACGUCAAGUUCACGAUGAUCCACAAGUCCAGUUCAAUGCUACGCAAAUGCAUGUCGGUACCGAGAACAUAAACCAGCCGAACAUCAAUAAUCAGGUAAGACAGCCUUUUUUAAAUAUAAAGUUUAAUUUACUUUCAAGGCCGGGCGUUCCAAAAGUGACGAAUACGUAAUCCCCAUCCCUUCCCCCACAUCACCCCAAAAAUUUUUUGAAAAAAAAGUUUUGAGUUAUGGCCAUCGAUUUUCAAAGCUUCCGCCGAUCGUCAGCCGAAUAUUUGAUUCCGAUCUUAGCAAAACUUUUAGGACCGUGAUCCUAAUCCUAAAUCCUAAUUUUAGGACCAGACCAAUAGCCACCUCUAGUUAUUACUGUACUUUACAGUAAAACUACGAGAACUCGCUUCCUUAAGCUUUCUUUAACCCCUCCCCUUUCCAUUCCCACCCCCGCUCUUCUCACUGCCCGGCCUUGAUCACAAGAUACCUUUUAAUAAAUCAAUUACAUUCAAGAGAAUGCUAUAUUUAAACUAGAUCGUACAGACAUUGUUUCUUUUUUAGAAUCUGAACAUUAAGAAUUUCAUUGUAUGCAAUAUAACAUCCAAUGCAACAGUCCCAAUCAAGAGUCCAAGUAUGCUACAAUUAACAUCACCACGUCGUCCAAGACAACAACAUACAACACAAGUUAUAUCCUUAAUUUUUGGCCGAUGCAAGUCAAAGAUUCAUUCAUCUCGUACAAUUUACUGA